AUGGUGAAAAAGAAAAAUGGGAAAUGGGGGAUGUACGUGGAUUUCACGGACUUGAACAAAGCAUGUUCGAAGAAUUCAUUCCCAUUACCCCACAUCGACCAACUUAUCUACGCAACGGCCGGUCAUGAGCUAUUGAGUUUCUUGGACGCGUACCCAGGCUAUAACAAAAUUCAUAUGGAGGAAGAAGACCAGGAGAAGACCAAGCUCAUCACCCACCAAGGAACAUAUUAUUAUAGGGUCACGCCAUUUGGACUGAAGAACACAGGGGCUACAUAUCAAAGAUUGGCCACAAAGAUGUUCAAAGACCAGCUCAGCAAGACCAUGGAAGUAUAUAUAGAUGACAUGAUAGUCAAGUUCAUAAAGGUAGAGGAUCACAUCGAUCAUUUGAAGGAAGCUUUCGACAUACUAAGACGGUACAGGAGAAAUGCACGUCUAGCAUAG